UUGACUUUUGUGAUUUUUGUUGCUCCAUGAUGCCACGAAAAUCGAACAUUGUUUUGAACAGACAAAGUAGAAAAAUGGUCUACGAAGUUUAUUGUUUUUUUAAAAAAGAUGCUAAGAGUGAUAAAGAAGCGUUGGAGCGGACUUCAGAAGCCACGAAAACUUCUGUUCGCACAGUGCGACGAAUUGUGGACGAAGUAAAGAAGUCUGGCUUGCUAGCCGUAUUCCGGACUCCCGGUAAAAAAAGAUCGGGGAAAAAAAAGGUGACUGACAUUGACAGUUUUGACCAAACGGUAAUAAGGAGAUGCGUCCACAAUUACCAUCUUACAAAUAAGGAGCUUCCGACCGUAGAAAAGCUACGAGAAAAAUUAAAACAAGACAUUCAUUUUACCGGAUCUGAAAGCAGCUUACGACGAGUUUUAAAACAGUUGGGCUUUCGAUGGAAGAAAACAGAAAAUAAUCGAAGGCUGCUAAUUGAAAAAACUAAUAUUCGGUUCCUUAGGAUUGAAUUCCUACAAAAAAUUAAAAAGUUUAGGGAAGAAGGUAGGCCCAUCAUAUACACCGAUGAGUCUUAUGUGGACUCAUCUCAUGCUAGCACCAAGGCUUGGGCAGAUGGAUCAACCGAAGGUUUGAAAAAACCAGUAUCAAAAGGGCAGCGCCUUGUUAUUGUCCACGCAGGAUCCGAGAACGGCUUUGUGCCUAAUGCACUGCUUUUAUUUAAAGCCGGCACGAAGUCUGGAGAUUAUCAUGAUAAUAUGAAUUAUGAAAAUUAUGAAAAAUGGCUGCGUUCCCAACUUAUGCCAAAUCUGCCACCAAAUUCGGUUGUGAUCGUCGAUAACGCCUCGUAUCACAAUAAACAGAGUGAGUUGGCCCCCACAUCCAAUACAAAAAAAGCAGAUAUGCAGAAGUGGCUCCGAGAUAGAGACAUUCAAUAUCGCGAAAAUAUGUUAAAACCGGAGUUAUAUAAUUUAAUAAAAUUAAAUAAAGACCUGCACAAAAAUUUCCGCGUGGACAACAUUCUGGCUGAAAAUAACCAUUCCGUUCUCCGUUUGCCGCCAUAUCAUCCUGAUCUGAAUCCUAUUGAGAUGGCAUGGGCAAAUAUAAAAGGAUAUGUCAGCAGUAAAAAUGUGACGUGGAAUUUUGAAAAGGUGAAAGAGCUGGUGAACGAGAAAGUUGCUGCAAUGGGUCCUAGCGAAUGGGCAAAACUCUGUAAAAAAGUGAAAGAAAUUGAAGAUGAGUAUAUUAAAAGUGAUCAUGUGGUGGACGUGGUCACUGAACAGUUUAUUAUUUUCGCUGAUGACGACAGUGAAAGUGACAGCGACGAUGACGACGAUGAAAUUGAUGAUGAUGAUGAAACAACUGAACCAACCCCUGGCACCAGCUCGGCUUCGGCUGGUUUCGACAUAAUGGAAGGCAUAUCUAUCCUCCCAGUUGAUGACGAUGAUUAGCAGUAAUUUGAUUAGGAGGGGGUUGGAGUCCUUAUAGUACCAUAAGUUUUUAAUAAAUAUUAUGUUCUGUUCUUACCCAUUUUUUUAUCAUUACAAUACUCUCCUCACUUUACUAAUACCAAUUACUGUAAACGUUAUUAUAUUAGCUAACGCAAUCAUGAAAAAUUGUGUUUUUCAUUGACAUAUUAUUUUUGGACGUAAGUGUACAUGUACGAUGCGCAAACUUUCCCCCACCACCUCGCGCGAUGGCCAAGUAGUUUGACGGGUA